AUGGCAGCGGAAGGAGGGGAGAAGAGCGGCGGAGGAGGAGUUGGAGGAGGAGAAGGGGGUGGGAAUGGCGGCGGAGGGGAGAGAUUGAAGCUGUUCGUGGGUCAGGUUCCGAAGCACAUGACGGAGGAGCAGCUCUUAGCCAUGUUCAAGGAGGUGGCCUUGGUGGACGAGGUCAACAUCAUCAAGGACAGGGUUACCAAGGCGUCUCGAGGAUGCUGCUUCGUUAUCUGUCCGUCGAGGCAGGAGGCGGACAAGACGGUCAAUGUUUGCCACAAUAAGAGAACGCUUCCGGGGGCUUCUAGUCCAUUGCAAGUGAAGUAUGCUGAUGGAGAGUUGGAGAGACUUGAACGCAAACUUUUCAUUGGUAUGCUUCCGAAGAAUGUUUCAGACGCAGAAGUUACUACUCUGUUUUCGAAGUAUGGUAAUAUUAAGGACUUGCAGAUCCUUAGAGGUUCUCCACAAACAAGCAAAGGCUGCGCAUUUUUGAAGUACGAGACAAAAGAUCAAGCCCUUGCAGCGAUUGAUGCUCUAAAUGGGAAGCAUAAGAUGGAGGGAUCAAAUAUACCUUUGGUUGUCAAGUGGGCUGACACUGAAAAAGAAAGGCAAGCCCGGAGAGCACAAAAAGCUCAAUCUCAGGCCUCCAGUGUUUCUAUCACCAAUUCCAUGCAACAACCUUCAAUAUAUGGAGCAUUACCAAUGGGCUAUAUCUCACCAUACAAUGGGUUUGGUUACCAGGCUCCAGGAACUUAUGGACUUGUGCCAUACCCUAUAACUUCGAUGCAGAACCAAGCCGAUUAUACAGGAAAUGCAUUUCGUGCGAUGAGCCAUGAUCUCUCCAUGAUAACCAGAUCAAGAAAUUUCACGACGAUGCAGUCUGCUGGUUAUAUUGGCUCCGGAUAUCUAGGCUCCGGUUAUCCGAGCAUUCCUGGUCUUCAAUAUUCUCUACCCUACCAGGGCAGCAUGAUGAGUCCCAGGCCCAAUACCUCAACACAGGCUUCAAUUACUAGUACCAGUUCUGCUGGUCAGAUUGAAGGUCCUCCUGGAGCUAAUUUGUUUAUUUAUCAUAUUCCUCAAGACUAUGGAGAUCUAGAGCUUUCAAAUGCCUUUCAAAGAUUUGGUAAGGUUUUGAGUGCCAAAGUCUUUCUCGACAAAGCCACCGGCUUAAGUAAAUGCUUUGGUUUUGUAAGCUAUGAUUCACCAGCAGCUGCACAAGAUGCCAUUAAUGUGAUGAAUGGCUUCCAGUUAGGUGGUAAGAAGCUGAAAGUGCAACUCAAGAGAGAAAACAGAACAAACCUUUCUGAUAAUUUGUCAUAAAAAAACCAAAAUUGUUGAUUUACAUAGGUUUUUUAGGGAAAUUUUAUAGGGGUAUGGAUGGAAGGAAUUUGAUGAUUGUAUAAUUUAAUUUGUUCCAUACCAUCAGGCCUCGAAGUAGAAACUGGCAGCCCCUCACUGCCAGAUUCAAAUUAUUUAGAUUCGUUCACACAGAUGCAUUCUCUUUUGCCGCUUUCCUUGUAAUUUAUGUAGGGCAUUGAAAUUGAUCAGUAACGGCUAUUAAAUUCAUUUGAUUUUUCAUGCAGCAAUAAAAUGAUUGCAUGUGGUGGAACCCUUGUGCUGCAUUUCGCUGGUAAUCAUUUUAU